AUGAUUUCGACAAAGAUGUCUGGCGCCGCGCGUGCGGCGACCCUCCGGUCCCAUGCUCCGGUCCUCCGAUCAGCUUCGCAAACAUCCCGAGCGGUGUCAUACUCAGCUCUGCAGGCUCAGACAUUGAAGCUCUCGGCACAGACCCAGAAGGGUCGUCUUCCCGUCUCCCAGCUUGUUUCUCCGUUCACCAUCCUCCCCUUGACCAGAUCAUUCCACGCCGCCACUCCUCUCUUCCAACAACAGCAGAAACAGCAGGAAGGAAAGGAGGAGAAGAAGAACGAAGAGAAAACGGAAGAGUCCGGCGAAGAGUCCAAGGAGGAAGGCAAGGAGGAGAAGAAGAAGGACGAGGCUCCUCCGCCGCCUCACGGCGACAAGUCUCCUUGGCAGGUGUUCCGCGACACUCUCCAGACCGAGUUCAAGGCGUCCAAGGAGUGGAAAGAGUCUACCAAGGCUCUUGCUUCUUCCGCGCAUCAGUUCACUGAGAAUGAGAACAUCAAGCGAGCCCGUGCCGCCUAUGAGGCUGCGUCGAGCGCCACUACCGGCCGCACCGGUGCCGCUCUCAAGUCCACUGGUCAGGUCAUCGGAAAGAGUGCCGCCUGGACUUGGAACACCACUGUCGUCAAGGGCGUUCGCAAGGGUGUCAGCGCUACCGGUGAAGGGCUCGAGAAGGCCACGCGUCCUGUCCGUGAGACCGAGGCUUUCAAGAGCGUGAAGGAGGCCAUUGAUGACGGUAGCAGCUCUCGCUACGGUGGUUGGAUUGAGAAGGAGGAGCGUCGCCGCCAGCGCCAGCUCCGCGAGGCGGCAGAGCUCAAGUCUGGAAAGCGCAAGGCUGAGCAGAUGAUUGAGGACCCCAAUGCCGGUACCCACGUUACUCUCCACAAGGACGCCGCCUGGAAGGAGUCAUGGCGCAGCUUCAAAGACUCCAAUCCCAUGAUGCAGAAGCUCUUUGGCUUCCGUGAAGUCUACGAAGAGUCUGAGAACCCCUUCAUCAGCACCGCUCGCAGCAUCUCCGACCGUGUUACUGGCUUCUUCGCUGAAACCGAGACCGCGACUGUCAUCAAGAAGUUCCGUGAGGUCGAUCCCAACUUCCAGAUGGAGGAAUUCCUUCGUGAGCUCCGUGAAUACAUGCUGCCCGAGGUCCUGGACGCUUAUGUCAAGGGUGAUAUCGAGACUCUCAAGCUCUGGCUCUCUGAUGCUCAGUUCUCCGUCUAUGCUGCUCUCGCCAAGCAAUACACCACUGCCGGUCUGGUCUCGGAUGGCCGCAUCCUGGACAUCCGUGGCGUUGACGUUAUGAGUGCCCGCAUUUUGGACCCCGGUGACAUUCCCGUCUUCGUCGUUACCUGCCGCGCUCAGGAAGUGCACGUUUACAAGAACGCCAAGACUGGCAAGCUCGCUGCUGGUAUGGAGGACAAGGUCCAGCUUGUCACCUACGCUAUCGGCUUGACCCGUAUCCCCGAGGAGGUCAACAACCCCGAGACCCGGGGCUGGAGACUGAUCGAGCUGCAGAAGGCUGCUCGUGACUACAUUUAA